AUGGUCAAGGAAACGAAGUUCUAUGACAUCCUCGGGGUCGCUCCCACCGCUACUGAGGCUCAGCUCAAGACUGCCUAUAAGAAGGGUGCUCUCAAGUACCACCCUGCUGACAUCCCUUUGUCACAUGAAGACAAGAACACCGGCAACCCCGAUGCCGCAGAGAAGUUCAAGGAACUGUCCCACGCCUACGAGACUCUUUCCGACCCCGAGAAGCGUCAACUGUAUGAUCAACUCGGUGAGGAGGGCCUGGAGCACGGCGGUGGUGGCGGCGGCAUGAACGCUGAAGAUUUGUUCUCUCAAUUCUUCGGCGGCGGCGGCGGCGGUGGUGGCCCCUUCGGUGGAAUGUUCGGCGGCGGCAUGCGUGAACAAGGCCCGAAGAAGGCCCGCACAAUCCACCACGUGCACAAGGUCAAUCUCGAGGAUAUCUACAAGGGUAAGGUAUCCAAGUUGGCGCUCCAGAAGUCCGUCAUCUGCGGUGGCUGUGACGGCCGCGGCGGAAAGGAGGGCGCUGUUAAGGAGUGCGCGGGAUGCAACGGUAGCGGUAUGAAGACUAUGAUGCGCCAAAUGGGCCCCAUGAUUCAGCGCUUCCAGACCGUCUGCACCGACUGCAACGGCGAGGGCGAGAUCGUCCGUGAUAAGGAUCGCUGCAAGAAGUGUAACGGAAAGAAGACCGUCGUUGAGCGCAAAGUUCUUCAUGUUCACGUCGACAAAGGUGUGCGCGAUGGCCACAAGAUUGAGUUCCGCGGCGAGGGCGACCAAAUGCCAGGUGUCAUGCCCGGCGAUGUCGUGUUUGAGAUUGAGCAGAAGCCCCACGCCCGCUUCCAGCGCAAGGGCGACGACCUGUUCUAUCAGGCCGAGAUCGACCUGCUUACCGCUCUUGCUGGCGGUGCCAUUCACAUUGAGCACCUCGAUGAUCGGUGGCUGACCGUGAACAUCGCCCCUGGCGAGGUCAUCGUUCCUGAUGCCAUUAAGGUCAUCCACGGCCAGGGUAUGCCCUCAUUCCGCCACCACGACCACGGCAACCUGUACAUCAAGUUCGAUGUCAAGUUCCCCAAGAAGGACGAGCUCCAGAACCUGGAACUUCUUGAGCAGGUCCUUCCUCCUCGCUCAGAGAAGGUCGUCCCCCCGACUGACGCUAUGGUCGAAGAUUUCGAGCUUGAGGACCCUGAGAACGAGCAUGACCAGGCCCGCGCCCACGGCGCGGCCGCGGCCGGCAUGGAGGAAGAUGAGGAUGACGUGCCCGGCGGUGCCGAGCGGGUGCAAUGUGCUUCGCAGUAG